CCAUUUAUCAGGGAGGGAGGGAGGGUCACACGCUUGGACGCUCAGUCCUCACUCACCCCGCUCCCUCCGCCUCUGCAUUUACCGUUACGCCGAUGCAGGCGCGUCUUCGUGCCCCACUCAUCGUCUCCCAGCUUUUAUAUAUCCAGCAGGAGCGCGCGCGAUGCCGUAACUGGCUCUGUACGCUCAGAUCACGCUCGUGUCAAGACUCAAGAGUGCGUGAGCCUUCAGAGUGAGAGCUGCGGAUACGAUACGAUAGCAUGGGGACGGAGGCUACGGGGCUGAGAGGCAAGAUGCCCGCGCUGUUUCUCGUCCGCGCGCGGUCGCGAGCGAGCAGGGUGGUCGACAUGGACGACGACGCGGCGGUGUGGUGGCCGGCCACGCCGCCGCUGCGGCCACCCGUCGCGGUGCCGUUCCUCUGGGAGGUGGUGCCCGGGAAGCCCAAGCCGCAGACCCACACCGCGCACGGCGCUCCGCCGGCCGCCGCCGAGAGGCACGUUCACGAAGACGGAGGUGCAGCUGCCACUGGCGGCGGUGAUCACGACGGCGACGCGGAGGCGCGCCCCGUGCCGCUGAAGCUGCCGCCGCGGCUGCAGGUGACGACCACCGCGGCGGACAACUCGCUCUCCCCCAAGACCGUGCUCCAGGGCCCCUACGGCUGCACCGGCGGCGCCAAGAGGCCGCCGAGGACGCUGAAGAGGAGUGGGAGCGUCGCUACCUUCCGGAGGAGCGGAUUCUUUUCCCGGAGGAAGGCUACGGCCGCAAUGUGGACCAACAGGAAAGGCGGCCAUGAGAACGACGCCGCGGCUCCGGACGCCUCGUGCUGUUCGCCAGCGGCAUCAUCGGCGUCCUCGCCGUCCUCGUCCUCAUCUGUCUCCUGCUUCGGCGACGAUCACGGCCACGGCGGUCACGAAAGGCCGGCUGAUGGGCGCGUGGAAUCCGUGGAUUCGGAGGAGGACGUGGGCGCCAAGGCGUCGGUGAGGAUCACGAGGUUCAGAAGGAACAGGAGUCUCCCCAGCAUGACCACGUCUCACCUCUGGGUACGCCUCUGUUUAUUCGUCUCGCUCUUUUCUCUCUCUGACAACAAUGGAGCUUCUCCGGCGACGGUGGAAUUUAGGAGUUGGAAGGGCGUUCAGCAGGUCAGGUUUAGAGACCGGCCGACACCUUCUUUGGGCGUGUGAUGCAUGGAGGAGCACACGAUGGCGGCAGCGGGAGGCCAGCAUCCGCAAGAGCGUCAGGCAGAUCACUCCAUGGAGCUAGAAGAAGGCCACGAGGUACCAGCACCACUGCAUGCGUGGGUGUAAAUCGGGAGCUCUAAUGGUUCAAACUCUCGGUAUCAAUAAAGAGAACCAUAGUAGUAUAAAUAUAAGGCCCCGGCGGAAAGGCAGGAAUAUUUGUAGAAAACGGUAUAAUUCUAGCAGGAGUUUUGUCAAAUUUCUGCAAUCCAAAUGCGGCUCAAGCAACUUUGCAUUGUGACCGAUCUCUCCA